UGACGGCGCCUCCGCGCCCCCGGCUCACCGCGGCUCCCGGGAUGCGCGGAGGCGGCGGCGGCGAUGGCGGCGAUGGCGACGGUGCCUCGGGCCCCGCAUCCUACGGGGCGGCGGGCCGAGCUGAGGUGUCGGCUGCGAGAUGGAGGAGGAGGGUCGGCGCUGCGCCCACCCGGCAGGCUCAUCUGCCUUGGGCCUCUUUUGUCACGUAUCACUCAUCUGUGAGUUGAAGCCCUGACUCUUCCCACUGAACAUUUCUGGAGAACAGCAGGAAGGGGCAUUUCUCUCUGAGGAUGAACUCGACAGACCCCCUUGAGGAUACCUCCAAUGCCACCGCGCUCCCCAUGCCUACCUGGCGGGGAGCAAACAGCUCCUCUCUGCAGGAGGAUCUUCAGGAUCUCAUCCACACAGCCACCUUGGUGACCUGCACUUUCCUACUCACCGUCAUCUUCUGCCUGGGCUCAUAUGGCAACUUCAUUGUCUUCUUGUCCUUCUUUGAUCCGGCCUUCAGGAAAUUCAGAACCAACUUUGAUUUCAUGAUCUUGAACCUGUCCUUCUGUGACCUCUUCAUCUGCGGAGUGACUGCCCCCAUGUUCACCUUUGUGUUGUUCUUCAGCUCAGCCAGGAACAUCCCAGAUGCUUUCUGCUUCACCUUCCAUCUCACCAGUUCAGGCUUCAUCAUCAUGUCCCUCAAGACAGUGGCAGUGAUUGCCCUGCACCGGCUCCGCAUGGUGCUGGGGAAGCAGCCAAAUCGGUCCUCCUCUUUCCCCUGCACCUUGCUCCUCACUCUGCUACUCUGGGCCACCAGCUUCACCCUGGCUACUUUGGCUACCCUGAAAACCAACAAGUCUCAUCUUUGUCUCCCCAUGUCCAGUCUAAUGCCUGGAGAAGGGAAAGCCAUUCUAUCUCUCUACGUGAUCGACUUCACCUUCUGUGUAGCUGUGGUUUCUGUCUCUUACAUCAUGAUUGCUCAGACCCUGAGGAGGAAUGCUCAAGUAAGAAAGUGUCCCCCUGUCAUCACAGUUGAUGCUUCCAGACCACACCCUUUUAUGGGGACCCACGUGAAAGGGGGUGGAGAGCCCAUCCAGUGUACCAUGCCGGCCCUGUAUAGGAACCAGCAUUACAACAAGCUGCAGCAUGUACAGACCCAUGGAUACACCAAGAGUCCCAUCCAUCUGCCAACUCCUGCAGCCAGCCGACUGCAGCUGGUAUCGGCCAUCAACCUCUCCACGGCCAAGGAUUCCAAAGCUGUGGUCACCUGUGUGGUCAUUGUGCUGUCAGUCCUGGUGUGCUGUCUUCCACUGGGGAUUUCCUUGGUUCAGGUGGUUCUGUCUAACAGUGCAAGCUUCAUCCUUUACCAGUUUGAACUUCUUGGAUUUACCCUUAUCUUUCUCAAGUCAGGACUGAACCCUUUUAUCUACUCCCGGAACAGUGCAGGACUGAGAAGGAAAGUGCUCUGGUGCCUCCAAUACAUAGGCCUGGGCUUCUUCUGCUGCAAACAAAAGACUCGACUUCGAGCCAUGGGAAAAGGGAACUUGGAAGUCAACAGAAACAAAUCCUCACAUCAUGAAACAAAUUCCGCCUACAUGUUGUCUCCCAAGCCACAGAAAAAAUUUGUGGACCAGGCUUGUGGCCCAAGUCAUUCGAAGGAAAGUAUGGUGAGUCCCAAGAUCUCUGCUGGACACCAACAUUGCGGCCAGAGCAGUUCGACCCCCAUCAACACACGGAUUGAACCUUACUACAGUAUCUAUAACAGUAGCCCUUCCCAGGGGGAGAGCAGCCCAUGUACCUUGCAGCCAGUGAACUCUUUCGGAUUUGCCAACUCGUACAUUGCCAUGCAUUAUCACACCACUAAUGACUUGUUGCAGGAAUAUGAUAGCACAUCAGCUAAACAGAUUCCAGUCCCCUCUGUUUAAACUCAUGGGGGCUACAGAAUCUUCUGUAAGUGAUUCACUGUCAUAUACUGAGUCUUUCUUAACUUUUUGGCAUCAGUAUCAGAUCAGAAUUUAAUGAUUUUGCUAAAGAAUUGACAAUGAAGACUUUUCUUUUGCCUGAAAUACUAUCUAUUGGUUUGCUUUAUAGUUUCUUGACAGCUUAAGAUUUCAUCUGAAAGUUUAUUUAGACCUUUACCUUG